ACUGUCGCGUUCGCGUCACCCUCGAUCGUUCUCUUUUCAUCUCUGCUUCCUCCUAAUCUCGAUGACAUUCUAGUAUAUUCCAGUAUAUUCUCCGAGGGAUAUGCAAGACUGAAAAUCGUCAAUCAUCGUUGGUCAUCGGUUUCCACCACCACGCAAGGAUAUAUAAAAGAGCGACGUCUGAAUUCGUAAAUUUGUGCGAUACGGAAGAGAGACUUCAGAGAAGUCUCGUCACGUCAACGGGAAAACACGCAGAAACACGUAUCACGAGUAGUUUCAUUUUGGCUGAGUCAAGAAAUCUCUUACAAAGCAUAUCGUAGGGUGACCGAGAUGGAGUUUCCAAACCUAGGAGAGCACUGCUCAGAGAGUACCUGCAACCGCUUGGACUUCUUACCACUGAAGUGUGACGCCUGCGGGGAGAUCUUCUGCACGGAUCACAUCACAUACACAAGUCACAGCUGCCCCAGUGCGUACAAGAAGGACAUGCAGGUGCCUGUAUGCCCGUUGUGCAACGUUCCUAUACCGAUAAAACGCGGUGACCCGCCCGACUUGGCCGUGGGAUCGCACAUGGACAAUGAUUGUCAGGCGGACUUCGGCAAGAAUCGUGGGAAGAUAUUCUCCAAUAAGUGUUCAUCGAAGGGAUGCAAGGUCAAGGAGAUGGUACAAGUUAAGUGCAGCGAGUGCGGUGAAAAUUUCUGCCUCAAGCACAGACACCCCACCGAUCACGCUUGCAUCGGGGCAGAGGAGGCGUUAAGAUUGCGCAGACUGGAAUCUUUGAACAAGAAAGCUCAGACGACGGUGUCGCAGAGCAGCGGUAACGGCAACUCGUUUCGCAGGCUUCAAGGAACGAUGAGCGAAGACGAGGCGUUAGCUAGAGCCCUCCAGGCAUCCAUGCAGGACGAGGAGAGGAGCAGACGGGAAUUACAACCAGUGCCUUCUGGAAACAGAGAUAGGUGUAGACUUUCGUAACCAUCUACAUGUUAUUUUAUACUGUUAUAGAGAAGAGAGAAAGAAAGAAAGAAAAAAAGAAAACAACUCUCUUUCCUAGUUUCCCAACAAAUCCGCCAGAGUCAAAUAAGACGCGUAUUAUAAUUUAUUGCGCGAGGAAACGCGCGAAUAUAGCACAAAAGUUUUAAACUCGGAUAACCAUCUGUUACGACAUUUGUUUAUGUUGGUUAUGUGCUGUUGUGUAUCGUUAUGCGUGCAAUUGCUGUUACCGUGAUGUAUACAGAAGUUACAUGUUUAUGAAAUUGCUCACUUUUUUACUUAAGCACAUUACAUUGUUCUUAUUGAUUGGGAUCCUUAAGUCAAAUUAAGAGUUUUGAAGUAAAGCUGAGCUUUACAUGAAUCACAGCUGGACUCGAUACGCAUAAGAUUCGAGUAUUUUGAAGUGUUUAAAGCUGUAUGAUAUAUCAAUCAAAGCACCUGUUCCAGAGGUAUUCGUAUAAUACUUGUAUAGAACUUUGUAUUAAGUUGCCAGUACAAAUCAUUCAUGUAAUUCAAAUUUCUUUUCCAUGUCACGAAUGGAUCGUCUUCAUCAAGAUGGUGAAGUUGUAAAACUAAGAUCUGGGGUCCGAUUCUUGACGGUGUGCGAAUGAAGUACGCAUGCGAAAAUUUAUGAUAUACGUAACGUGAACUAUAGAAUUUUCGUAUGCACAUCUCAUUCGCAUGACGUUGAGAAUCGCCACCCUGGCUUACAGCCAGAAAAUAUACUCUGCCGAACUAUCUCGUAAUGAUUCUGAUAAUGUAUUACACGAUGAAGCUUCAGUAUAGAGUGCCUUAAGUAGAUCAAGCAUAAUCUACAUUAGAAUAUGCGCUGAUUAAAAAAAAUCUCUUCUUAUCUCUCUUUAAUACUACAAAGAAUACAUAGAGAAUAUAUUUAAAUUAUUUCAAAUUAUGCUUAUUGGCAUUUCUAUAUAAUAGACUUGCUUUUUAGAAACUGCUUUCAACAAUAAAUAUUAUACAGAUUUUCAUAUAAUACAGAUACGUACAUUUGAAAUAUUGUCUUGAAUAGAAUUAUAAAUUGUCAAUUAUUAAUUCGAUGAUGUGCAUCCGAGAAAAGAAUAUUUCGUUAUUAUUAUUUUAACGAUUACAAUCGUUAUUAUAUUACUACGUGUCUCAUUCUCAUCUCGGUGAGAUUCCAAUAAACAAAAUGAGAUAUACAUAAUUGGAUUUCUAACGUGAUAUCCAAAACUGUGAUGACAGGAAGAAAUCGUGUAAAUUGUAUGACAUUUAAGUGUUCACAUAAUAAAUUAAGCAAAGUCUCAAAAUAGAAAUCGUACUUGAACAUAUCACAUCACAGGCUUCUUAUGAAAAUCCUUCAUGAUACUGAAAAGAGAGAAUAGAUAGGGUGUACGAGUCGUGCUCAAGACGCCACAUUGAUAUUGACGAAACUGAUAUUCACAAAUUCUGUGAUAACUCAAUCUUGUGUCGCAUUUUUAUAAAUAUAUAUAAUUUUACGAUACACACAUACGUACAUACACUCAGUUCCCUUUAGAUUACUUAAUUCCAUUAGUAUAAAUAUAAUGAGACAUUUUCCUUCUUUAGAAAAACGAAUAACGAGGCAUUGCGUUUUUAAGGAGGCAUAUGGAGUUUUUAAGAUAAUUACAAUAAAGAAAUAUUGAGUGACGAAUAUAUAUUGUAUAAUGUACGAAUACAUUGACAGUUAACGAAACACAGCCAAUAGCAAAUGCAUGGUGCUUGCUAUUACACGUUUAUAUUUACAAACGAAUAAUAUGCUUUUAAGAGUAAAAAGAAAUCAGAGAAUGAUGAUACAAUCCUCGAUAAUAUGUACAUAGAAAUACGCUUUUUACCAUUUUAAGAUUUGUUAGUAUUGUUAUAUUAUACUCGCCUAUAAUGUAUCAGAGCUACUGGAAAGCAAGAGAUACUUGUUACUACUCCCGCGCAGCCGUUAUACACGUUCCAGAUGGAGAAGGUUGUCUCUCUAGCACAUAAAGAAAUUGUGAUACUUCUAUCUUCGCGAAAAAGUACUUUAACUCGCGCGGAUAUGAAUAAAAAGUCGCCUUCCAGUAUCUCUACACAAAACUUUUCUCAACAAUUCGAGUAUGUAAGAAAACAUAAUUUAUUAUACACACACAUUCCCAUAUUCGUAUCUUCUUACAUAUAAUGUAGUAAUUUAUAUUUAACGGAUUUUAGUAUAUUCUAGUGAAUACCAGACCGAUAAUAAAAUCAAGGAGUCGCGCGCAAGCGGGUAAUCUUACAUAAAAUACAUUACGUAAAAAUACAUUGACGAACGCGAUGUACGCGUUUACAAGAGAGAUCACGUCUCUUUAUUGGCAUUAUAUACAUACUUUAUGGCUUAUGUUCAAUCACACAGAUAUGCUUAUAUAAAAAAUUCCGUCAUAUUAAUUAUCUGAUGUGAUGUGAUUGUGUGAUGAGACAUAAUUUUUCUAACAAUCAUUCUUAACUCGUAGAGAUAUGCGUUUAUAUGAAAAUGUAUGUGUAACAUAUAUACGAUAGUUCUUCUCUGUAAUGCGUUUAGAGUAUAAGGCCAAUAAGAUGGAAGUACGAGACAGUUCUUUCGUUAUAUUGGCCUAAUCUACUCUCAAAACCUUCGGUUACCAUUUAUUAUUAUAUUAAAAUUAUAUACAUCAAUUAAUUAUUUAACAUGUUCGUCACCACGGUUUAUUUGGCGAAUUCUCUCCACAGACCAUAUCAUAUUUAUUUUUAUGUAAUUAUGUAAAACAGAUUUGAUUUGUUUUGUAUAUGAAUAUACAAAGAAAAAUGUCAUACAUAUGCAACAUUGGUAGCGACCAUGUUAAGUAAAAUUGAAAAUUUUGAGUAAAGAUAAAUUUGAAGUGAGAGACUGGUGCGUCACAUCUGUGUGACGCAGGUAGCGAAGGUAUUAAUUUGGAAAAAAAUGACAAGGUAAAACCAAAUGGAUUUCAAAUGCAUUUACCUGAAUAAUUUACCUUUACAUGAUAUAUGUAUAUUAAAUAAAUUCAUAAUUUAUUCUUUUAAAAAAUAUAUAUUUUUCGCGAUAUAGUUGACGUGAAUUUUAUUUAGAUACGAUCAUAUAUUUCGCGACUAACAACUUUAAACACGAAACGAUUUUCACGAUUUACAAAUUUCGCCUGUGCACUGAUUUUUAAAUAAAUUAACAAGAUUAUACUCUGA